UUGGCAAGUAUUCUCUGUGUAUUUCUCGGCAUACAGAGAAAAGGAGAAAAGAAAACAGUUGGGGAGUAGACAGCUGAAAGGAAAAAGUGAGAGCCGUCUCAAAAAACCUGCAACAGGAUGGCUCCUCCUUUCAUGUUUUUGGAGAGAACAAGGGAAACAAAACUUGGUCAGAAAGCUUCACUUCCCUGGAGAGCACUGAAGAUUCCAGCAUCCAACUUAAUACCAGCCAAAAUGCCUGCUAACUUCAAUGGAACGUGGGAAAUGGAAAAGAAUGACAACUUUGAAGGCUACAUGAAGGCUUUAGAUAUUGAUUUUGCCACCCGCAAGAUUGCCGUCCAUCUGAGCCAAACCAAAGAAAUCGAACAAAAUGGUGACUCCUUCAAGACAAAAACUUUGAGCACUUUCCGAAACUAUAACGUGGACUUCACUGUUGGUGUGGAAUUUGAGGAGCAUACUAAGGGUCUUGACAACAGAAAUGUAAAGACACUUGUGACCUGGGAGGGUGAUAAACUUGUAUGCGUCCAAAAGGGCGAGAAGAACAACCGAGGUUGGAAACAGUGGAUUGAAGGUGACAAACUGUACUUGGAACUGACAUGUGAAGACCAGCUGUGCCUUCAAGUCUUUAAGAAGAAAUAAUAACUGAUCAGGAAACCCAUUGACUUCCAAGUCAGUAGUUUUAUUUACUUUGGGCAGAGGCUCUAGGAGGUCCUCUAUCUACCAUACCUGUCUCAUCGAGAUGUCUGAAUGGAUGGAUGGAUUUUUAACAACAAAUUUGCACUGGUGACAACCAAAACUUUCUCCUCUGCAACUGGAAUUAAAUAAAAUUCACUUUG